UCCCCUCUUUGCUUCUGACGCUUGUUGUGAAAGGUGUUAGUUUAGUGUUUAUGCUGCAUUCAACAACGCAGUAGAUAGGUUAAGCGCUAAGCAUUUUUGUUUCUUUGGCGUGUUAGCGCAUUUCUGGCCAAUAUCUCCGUAAAACAAAAUGUUUUAUCACAUUUCGCUAGAACAUGAAAUCCUGCUGCAUCCCAAAUACUUUGGCCCACAGUUGAGUGAAACUGUCCGACAAAAACUAUACACAGAAAUCGAAGGAACUUGCACUGGAAAGCACGGCUUUGUGAUUGCCGUUACAACGAUUGACCACGUUGGAGCAGGGCUAAUUCAACCUGGACAAGGAUUUGUACUCUACCCUGUCAAAUUCCGAGCUAUUGUGUUUAGACCAUUCAAAGGUCAGGUUCUUGAUGCUGUUGUCACACAAGUAAACAAAGUUGGAAUUUUUGCUGACAUUGGACCACUGUCUUGCUUCAUUUCUCAUCACUCAAUUCCUGCAGACAUGGAAUUUUGUCCGAACGUUCAACCACCUUGCUACAAAUCCAAAGAUGAAGACAUAGUCAUUCACGCAGAUGACGAGAUUAGACUGAAAAUUGUCGGAACAAGAGUGGACGCAACUGGAAUUUUCGCCAUUGGAACUCUGAUGGACGAUUAUCUUGGACUGGUUUGCAGUUGAGAGUUAUUAUUAUGGUUGACACUACUACAUUUAAAUGUUUGCCUCUUCUUCCUAAACGAAUAAUCUGUUAAAUCACACUGAAGCUUUAUAUUUUUAAUGAGACCAGUAAAUCAAUCUCGAGGAGCUAAUAUUUAUCUCUACCCUACUAUUUUGAUGGCAAAAUAUUCCUUGUUUGAUAAUAAAUGAAAUUAUAAAGAAAAGUCAA